AUGACUUCCCAACCAACAUACCCGCUUGUUAAGCUCCCUCAUCCAUUCCUAACAAGCUACCGCAUCACUACUACCAACUCAUCACCAACUACUCUCUCCCUAACCCUCGACUCUCAGCCCACCAACGGCCAAACACCUCCAGAACCUCUUCAUAAUGCCAACCUAAGCUUCCUCCCAAUCACGUCCCGCCCAUCAACUUCCGUCCCUCCAGCAUCAGACAAUAGUCUCUGGGCUCGAGCCUACCGAAGCCCAAGCACGACAUUCUCCUGGACAGAAAUCUCCCCUCCAUCCCUAGGACAAAUCUGGAACCUGAUCCACGCUCUCUACCUCUCCUCCCCAACAAACGAGUACUUCCGUCUCUCCCUCGCAGGACAAGGCAGAGAGACACUCCGUACCGAACUCCUCGUCACCGGGCUAGGAAUUGCACAUCCACAGCCAUGGACCGGGAAAGUGAUUGAUACCGCCUUCGCCCCAACUCCUGAUUCCAAAGACGAGAUCCUAAUCCUCAGAAGCGCAUUCUGGCAAGGCGCCGCCUCCCCCUUCGGCCCCCGUCCCAUCUGGGCCCUCGGCUCAGGAACGUCCGGCCCCCUCCGCAACCCCAUCGCCUCCUAUCCACUGAUGCCAGAAACCUACACGCAAACGAUGAAAUUCCCCCUCGAGCCCAUCUACGCGCGCCACCCGAUCCGUCGGCCCAAACCGCACCCCGGGUCGAUCUGCUACAGUCGGUAUAUCCCCGAGCUGGACGAGCACUUCUCGCUGGAGGUGGUGGAUUGGAGGGAUGGGGAGCAUUUGGGGCUGUUUAAUAGGUGGCAGAAUGAUCCGAGGGUGGCGGCGGGGUGGAAUGAGAUGGGGACGCUGGAUGAGCAUAGGGGGUAUUUGAGGAGGUUGGGGGACGAUCCGCAUGUGCUGUGUUUGUUUGGGAGGUUUGAGGGGAGGAGGUUUGCGUAUUUUGAGUUGUAUUGGGCGACGGAAGACCACUACGGCGCACACUACGCCUCCUCCCCCUACGACCGCGGCCGCCACUCCCUAGUAGGCGACUCCACCUUCCGGGGCUCCAAGCGCGUCAGCGCCUGGUACAGCAGCUGCAUCCACUACUGCUUCCUGGACGACCCUCGAACAGCCAACGUUGUCGGCGAGCCGAAAGCCACGGGAGGCACGAUCCUCAGCUAUGAGAAUAGUCAGGGCUUGACCAUUGGUAAGUAUGUGGAUCUGGGACAUAAGAGGAGUGUGCAUAGUGUUUGCAGCAGGGAGAAGUGGUUUCAGCUUUGUCCGGUUUGGUGGGAUGGGAGGGAGAAGCCGCUGGAGAGUGCGGAUAGGGCGGCUUGGAAUGCGAAGUUGUAG